UUGUAAUUCAAAGUAUAUCAUCUUGGAAAAAUAUUGCAAGAUUUGGUGAGGAAAUCUGGUCGGAUCUUGCUUUGUGGGAUGUGGAUUUUGGUGGGUCUUUGUUUUCAGUACAAAGCUAUCAUCUCUUCUCAUCUUCACCUCCUUCUCCUUCUUCAUCCACCAUUCUUCAUUUCUCUCCGCCCUCUCUCUGAAAAAUCCCCUUCUUCUUCACCUUCCCUGUGUAUGGGAUCUUCUGUUGCUGCAAUGGGCAUGGUUUCCGACUCCAAAUUCCAUGUUCUUGCCGUCGAUGAUAGCGUCAUCGACCGGAAAUUGAUUGAAAGGCUCCUCAAAACCUCCUCUUAUCAAGUUACUACGGUUGAUUCUGGGAGUAAAGCUCUGGAGUUCUUAGGAUAUGACUCCGGAAAUAACUCGAUUCCUUCUCUUGCAUCUAACCAUCAUCAUCAUCAUCAGGAAGUGGAUGUGAAUCUUGUUAUUACUGAUUACUGUAUGCCUGAGAUGACUGGCUAUGAUUUAUUGAAGAAGAUCAAGGGGUCUAAAGCUCUGAGAAACAUUCCCGUUGUGAUUAUGUCAUCUGAGAAUGUUCCUGCAAGAAUCAAUAGAUGCUUAGAAGAAGGAGCAGAGGAAUUCUUCUUGAAACCUGUCCGACUUUCAGAUGUCAACCGGCUUAGACCCCACAUGUUGAAAACCAAACUCAAAACAUCAGAAGAACAGCCUGAUUCAGCAAGCCAACCCCAAGCACCAGAGCAGCAACAACAUGAACAGCAUGAACAACAUGAACAACAUGAACAAGAACGAUUACGAUCGAUACCGUUGCAGGUAGUCCCGACAUCGCUGCAAGAUCAAGAUCGAUUGCUAUCCGUUCCACUGCUGCCGACGCUGCCACAAGAGCAAGAACAGUUGCAAAUACUCCCACCAACGCCGCCGCAACAAUCGAACAACAACAAGAGGAAGGCCAUGGAAGAUGGACUUUCACCAGAUAGAACAAGGCCAAGAUACAAUGGUAUUACCACCAUGGUGUAGUUAAUAAUUUGAGAAAACUUUUCAUUUUCCUUGAUUUUUACAUUUUAUUUUAUUUUUAUUUCUUCCCAUCUUCAUGCUGCUCUCCUUAGGAAUGUAGAGAUCAGAAUGGUUUUCCUGUAUACAUAUUUCUCUUGGAAAUAUUCCCUUCCCGAUUUUGUCAACCUAAUCAUAAUCAUGACAACAAAAAAUUAAAAGAAAAAAAGAUGAGUUUUAGGGGUA